CUACCGUCUGUACCGCUCUGCAGCCAAUGUUGCCAGAUUGGGCGGGAAAUCCGUCCCAAUCUGGCAACAUUGAUGUGGGGUCGGGCCCUGGAGGAGGAAACAGACAUCCACAGUUAAGAUGGCGGAGGAGAAGCAGGAAUCAUCACAGAGAGAGAUGGAAGGGGUCAACUGCCUUGCGUAUGACGAGGCCAUUAUCGCUCAACAGGACCGAAUUCAGCAGGAGAUCGCCACCAGUAAUCCCUUGGUGUCGGACAGACAGGCGCUCACGGUGUUGCAGAACGAGUACGCUCAUGACGACAGUAUUUAUCAGCUGAAGAUCAAGGACCUACACAAAAAAUACUCGUACAUUCGCAAGACGCGGCCAGAUGGCAACUGCUUCUACAGAGCGUUCGGCUUCUCGCACCUGGAGUCCCUGCUGGAAGACAGCAAGGAGCUACAGAGGUUCAAAGCGGUUGCGUCCAAAAGCAAGCUGGACCUGGUGAACGAGGGCUUCACUGAGUUCACCAUCGAGGACUUCCACAACACGUUCAUGGACCUGAUCGAGCUGUGUGAGAAGCAGCCGGGCCUGAAGGAGCUGCUGGGCUCCUUCAACGACCAGAACGUGUCGGACUACGUGGUGGUGUACCUGCGGCUGCUCACCUCGGGCUACCUGCAGCGCGAGCACGGCUUCUUCCAGCACUUCAUCGAGGGCGGCCGCUCGGUCAAGGAGUUCUGCCAGCAGGAGGUGGAGCCCAUGUCCAAGGAGAGCGACCACAUCCACAUCAUCGCUCUGGCCCAGGCCCUGGACGUGUCCAUCCUGGUGGAGUACAUGGACCGCGGCGAGGGGGGCACCGUCAACCACCACGUCUUCCCCGAGGGCAGCAUCCCGCGCAUCUUCCUGCUGUACCGGCCCGGCCACUACGACAUCCUGUACAAAUAACGCCACAGCCCCCCUCCGCCAACACCCCACCCCUGUCUCCCUUCUUCUGUUCCUCUCUAGUCUUGGUUUGGCACCGCCCCCCCCCUGUCCCCCUUUCUCCCCUCAUCUCCCUCGCUCCCCUUUUGUCAUCACCUCCACAGCAGUGGAUUACAAACACUUGAGUUGCCACGGCGACUGACAUACAUACACACCCCCCCUCCCCCAAUCGUACGACGUAGGAAGGUGACGCUUGUGUGUUUGCGGAAAAGAAGGAAGGCAAAAGAAAAUCAAAAUGCAUACUUUCUCCAGCUUCCCCCACCCCGAUCCCCAAAAUGGUAAUAAAAAAAUCUUUGAAAAUACAAGAAAAGUGACUCCAGGAAUUUAGAGAUGUACAGGUUUUUUUUUCUUUUGUGGUUGUAAAUGUUAUCUACUAUUUUUGGACUUGAUUUUUCUUCCUUUGUUACACUUGUGUCAUGGAUUUUAUUAAAGGGAUUUACAUCUUGUUUCCUUUUCGUCAUAUGUCA